CCCGACUCUUGUCGAGUAACAAGGACAAAGCUGUCGAUUAUUACUUAUUAGAACUUCAGAAGUCAAAUUGUAGUUUUGAUUCGUAUUCGUUACAAUUUUUAGCCAUGUAAAGCCGGAUCUCCGGCCUAGCCGUUUUCAUUUGUAAAAAAAUCAGGGGAUUUCGAAGCCAAUCCCUUUGUUUAAUCGGACGAUAAAAAUCAUGCAGAGCGUUAUCAACACGGUCAAAGGGACCGCCUUGGGGGUAGCUGAGUACCUGACUCCAGUUCUCAAGGAAUCAAAGUUUCGAGAAACUGGAGUUAUAACGCCAGAUGAAUUUGUUGUUGCUGGUGACCACUUAGUACAUCACUGCCCUACCUGGCAAUGGGCCGCAGGCGACAGUGCUAAAAGCAAGCCAUAUCUCCCAAAGGACAAGCAGUUUCUCAUUACAAGAAAUGUUCCUUGCACGAGGAGAUGCAAACAGAUUGAGUAUUGCGAUGAUCUAGAGAUGAUCGUCGACUCUGACGACCCAGAAGGUGGUUGGGUGGAUACCCAUCACAUGGAUCCGCUCGCCGGGCUCGAUGACAAAGUUUCUGAGAUGACUUUUGAUUCUGACAACCAAAGAUCGCAUUCCCCCGAUUCUGGGAUAUCAAAAGAAGUCAAGGCUUGUGAACAGAAUGAUACUAAUAAGGAUGAAGAUGAAGAGGAUGACGAUGAUGCUGAACCGGUUGAUAUGGAAGAAUUUGAGGAAAGCGGACUUCUGGAUGAGGAAGAUAAGAGUGAAGCUAAACCAGAGGUCGCACCACAAUCAUCAGUAAAGGAGGAUGGAGAGAUCUUAAAAACAAGAACUUACGAUUUGCAUAUCACUUAUGACAAGUAUUAUCAAACACCAAGACUUUGGCUUACAGGAUACGAUGAGUGUCGAAGACCUUUGACAGUGCAACAAAUGUACGACGAUGUGAGUCAAGAUCACGCUAAGAAAACCGUGACAAUGGAGAGCCACCCGCACAUCCCCGGGCCACCAAUGGCUUCUGUACAUCCUUGCCGCCAUGCAAUUGUGAUGAAGAAAAUCAUCGAAACAGUACUCGAAGGUGGUGGUGAACUCGGUGUCCAUAUGUACCUAAUCAUAUUUCUUAAAUUUGUUCAAUCCGUCAUUCCAACAAUAGAGUACGACUUCACACACAACUUUACCAUGUAGGAAUGUGAAGGAUUAAUAAACAUAAGGCCUUGAAUAAA